AUGGGGCAUGCUGUACACCAGUUCAAGGCUCUAUUUUGGAAGAAUUGGCUCUGCCGUGUGAGGCAACCGGUCUUGUCUCUCACUGAAAUACUCUGGCCAUGUGUGCUUUUUUUGAUUCUGGCUGCAAUCCGCUUCCAGGAGCCCCCUAAAUAUAAGGAAAACUGUUACUUAGAAGCUCGGGAUUUACCAAGUCGGGGCCUUUAUCCUUUCAUGCGGACCCUUUUCUGUAAUGUUGGUUCAAGAUGCAAGAAUACUAGUUACACAAGACAGAAAACCAACCGCUUACAGAGGUUGCACUUGUCUUCAAGAGCAGCCAGAGGAAGGGCUGUGGCAAUGAAGGUGUCGAAAGUUUCCAAUGUGGGGCUCAACUGUGGCUCGAACAGAGCUCUGAUAGAUUUACCUCAAACUGGGACAGAUGGCAAAGAGAGGCACGAGUGGCAGCUGGCUGAUAUCGCCCCUGCCCUGGAAAUCCCCCUAAACAAUUCAGGCAUCCAAGCUGGUACAGAGAGCUUCACAGGACCUGAUCUAGGCUUCAUGAAAGAGGUAGAAGAACUUGCAAAGGGAUUUAUUGAGACCACAGAGAAAACUAUGGCUUUAGAAAAGCUAUGGGAGGAAAACUCAAAGUUCUCAGUCAAUAUGAUGGAUUUGAAUGAAGUGGAGGAAAUGAUUUCUAAAGCAGAAAACCUGUACAAGCAACCAUAUUUCUGGAACCUUCUGCAUUCACUCCCUCGUCUUGAAUUGAACAGCCUUUAUACAGAAGAUGGGUUAGCUGCCAUAGCACAGUUCCUAAAAGUUAUUCAAAAUACCUUAGCAUCAUUAAAGGAUUUAGCUAUGAUGCCAUUGGGCAAAAGUUUCUAUGAAAUGGUGAAAACAGCACUGAAUUUAACUGCUGCAUCUAUAGAGGAAAGGAGCUUAGAAGGUUUUCAGUAUAAUCUUACUCUUGGAGAUAUUUUGUGGAACCCACAUGCUGUGAGAUCAGAACUUGAAUUCAGGUUUGGUUUUGAUGAUCUUCACGUUAAGAAGCUGCUAAAUUACACGGUAAAAUUAACAAAGAUUCCCACAGGAGAGACACUGGAGCAGUUUGUGUGCUCUGCUCUGUCCAGUGUGCAGGAAGAUGAAGCAAACAAAGAGAAUAAUGAAGGCGGCUGUAUCUCUGCAUGGCAUGAGGCCAAAAUGUAUCUUGUUCAUGCUGUCAGCAAACUCAGACUCUAUGCACAGGUAUUUGAGCAAUGGUUCAGCAGCAGCUUCUCUCAGAAACUCCUUUUGGAACUUGAUGAUUUGAUGUCUCAGUUUCUAGAUGACAGGGAAGCCAGGAAAAUUUUUUCAGAGAUAAAUACCCUGAUCCAGCGAUGGAAUGAGAAAUCAAAUGCCUACUUUUCAGAAGGGUAUACUGCACCUCAUGAUCUAAUCCUGCAUCUGGAGAGAAUGCAGUCUGUGCUUCAGGAUAUACCUCAGUGGCCUGUUAUGAAGAGAUUGCUUCAGGUAGAUGGAGCUAUAAGGAACAUAAUAGCACAGUAUUUAUACUUCACUGAAGAAACUUUACGUAGUCUGGAAAAAGAGAUUCCCUUUGCACAAAGAGAUGGAUUCAUUCAUCUAGACAUCAGAAAGCUCUUUGUGGAGCUAAAACAGAUGUUGAUGAGCAAUGCUUCCUAUAUAUGCAGUGACGUGCUUAAAAUGCUUGAAAAGACCCUGAGACUUCCACAGGGCUCAGACGACAUAGACAUUUCAGCAAUAUACAUGUGCCCUGACAAUGGCUCAGAGGUGACCUUCAAGCUAAGUGACCAGGUCCAGUCACUAAAGGAAUCUGUCCUGCUUCUGCAGAAAGUAACUCAGGGACAACAGAACCUGCCAGCUUCAAGAAUGGAUGAUUAUUUGGGAUGGCAAGAAAUAGAAGAGCAGCUAACCAAAAAUUAUGCUUAUUACUGUGAAAUUAAUCAAUUGCUGAGCACAGAGGCACCAUCUGAGGAAGAUGUCCAUUUCACCUCUUGUCAGGAACAGCUGCUCUUCUCACUAAUUAAUAGUACACUUGAAGAUAUUUUGUUUGCUUUUGAGGGAAACCCAUACUGGAAGGAUUUAACAACUUUUGUCAGUUGGACAUGUGAGGUGGCUCAACACAUGAAUGAGGAAGCAGGCUCCACAGGAGAUCAGUCAGAUAUUAAAAUAAUAGUGUUCAGCUAUCAGCUGGUCAACUGGAAUGGUUUAGCUAUGGAUAAUUUUGAUUUUAAAAGUCUUCAGAAUUCACAGAAAAUUGGAGUAUGGCAUGAUUUGCAAGACAGGGAUCGAGUUUUUGAUUUUCUGUCUGAAAGUUUUGAGCUUCUCUGGAACUUCACCAGUAGGUCUAUGUGUGAAAAAUUGCUAAUAAUUUACAACUACACAGAGUUUCAGGCCCAGUCUCUUGCACAGAAAGGAAAAAAAGAGAUGCAAGUUGUCUAUAGCACUCUGAGCAGCCUUAAAACUUUGUUUAUAGAUGAAGAGUUCCAAACAGCUGCCAUUUGUUAUUUGGAAGAGUUUCUUGAUAUCUCCCCAGAAUGUCUGGUAAAUAAUGGGUGCAUUGAUUUUUAUCCAUCAAACAUUACUUCUGUAAAUCAUUCAGCGGAAGUUUACAGCUUACUUUUGCUUCCACUGGACAGUGUUCUGUCCAAUAUAACAAACUUGGGGGAUAAGGUAAGUGCACCUUCUGCUUUGCACUGCACUUUUACAUGGCUUCAAACCUGGACAGAGAUUUUUGAAGAAGCAUCCAAAAUCUUACAUUUGAAUUCAACCUUUUUUGUCUGUCUAAGAAAUGAUUUGGCAAAUCUCUCAGAAAGUCUUUUAAAUGUAACUAAUGACGAACUGUGCAAUAAUACAGCCAUGGUUGUUGGAGCUACAACAGCAGCAAUGAAUCUAUUAAAAAUCAUAUCUCAAGGAGGUGGUGAUUUAAAUGACUGGAAAGAUUUUGAAGCUUCGCUUGCUAAUCUUCAAAGUAUAUUUAUCAAUGCAGUUGAUGUCACAAGUUCACUUAAAGGUAACAGCUUAGAAAGUGUUUUAGACACGAUGGAAGUCAUGAUAACCGAAUUGCAGAAAUCUAUACUGAAGGUUGCUAAUGGAGAGUUUUUGAAUUCUUGGCUUGAUACUUUUAUCUCAGGACGAUUUCAGGGAGAAGAUAAGGGUGCUGAUGUAUUUUCCAUUGGAAAUUCCCUUUCUACUAUUCUCAAGCUCUCCCAAAAAGAACUUGGAAUUAUUCUCACUGAGAUAAAAGACACAACUGCUUUCUUUGAAAGUAUACCUCAAGUAGAACUUCUGGCAGAAAUUCAAACUCUUCUGAAAAAUAAAACUUCUGAAAUGCAUGAAAACAGCUCCUUUCAUUUGGAUAUUGAGAUUGAACCUUUCUUGCAUGAGAAAAAUACCAGUUUCUUGAUGGAGUUCUUUCAAUAUGUGAUAAGUAAACUUGACUCAGACUUGCAGGAUGAACAAAAAACAUUUCUUCAGGAACUGAUAGAGACAGCAGCCCUGAAUAUUGAACUGGUAAGGAAAGCACUUGAAAUUUUCAAAUCUUCUCAUUUUACUGGCUUUCCAUUAAGAGAUGAUAAAGAGUUUCUAAAGCAUAUGGUAGACUUGGUGCAAAAUAUGAGGAACAUGGAUGUUGAGUUCUUGAUAAGUCAAUUCAAACAAGUCCAGGAGAGCCUUGAUAAUUUCUUUAACAGUAUCAAACCUUUGUAUAUUGAAAUGUCUGAGUUAGGAAUGUUAACAAAGUUGUGGGAUGCAUUUGAUAACAAUUCGUGUAAUGGGAACCUGACUGGCUUAUGGCAAAUAACACGAGUCUUUAAACAAGAUGAGAUUGAUGAUGUAGAAGAGAUGUUCAAGCUCCUCUUCGAUGUCAUCAGCCUUAUGGAAAGAUUAGCUCAUGGAAACAUCACAGAAGCACUAAUUGAAGUAUACACUUUCAUACUGACUCAUGAAGCAAAAAUGCCAAUGUUUACUGAAGAGGAGUUCUCUAAUCAAGUAGAAAGUCUUCUAAUGUUACUGGAGACACUGACAGAUAUGUCUGAUGAACCUGCAGAGUCCUCAAUUUGUUUUUCUGCGUCAUUCUGCUGGACUCUCACAACAGCAACACCUCAGAGUGAUCCCACUUCUAAACCUUGUGACUUUGUGUAUAGCAAUUCUACGCUUAGCUACAAUGCAGUCAUUGAAGUAAUUAAGGAGCUGAAACUCAUCACUCUGGAGGACAUUUCCUCAUGCACUAUGGAAGACUUUCAGACAGAAAUCACUCACAAUCUGACUUGCUUUUUUCAUCAGAUCAAAGAAUGGAACUCUAUUCUUCUGAAGUUUUCGGAGCUCCAUCAUGUAAAUGACUCAGUUCUCAAAGAGCUGCAAGAUUUUUGGGAUGAGCUAUCUGCCUAUGCUGUGCCACUGCAGGUUAAUAGUACAUACUCAAUUAAUUGUUCCUCCACAUUGAAGAAACAAGUGGCUUUCCAAAUUGUAGAAACACUAGCCAAUAUGCCAGUGGCGGAAAUGGAGAUGGCCAAAGGUGUUCUUGAACAGCUGCGUGAUCUUUACGGUGAUCUAACCUGGAACAGACAUUCAAGAACAUCCUUUAUAAAGACUGUUCUUACAAACUUCAAGAAUAUGACGAGUGAAGUUUCUGGACUUCUAGAUACAGAAGCUGUCCUUUCUCUUUUUUCUGUAAUUCAGCCUAUAAUGACGCUGUCUUCUGUUGGAAACCAUACAUACUCAAUCCUUAUGACGUUAGCAGCUUUAAAUGGAAACAGUAAUAUAUCUGAUAACUUUGAGAACUUCUGGUUUCCUAUAGUCACAAGCAUAGAAGAUUUAUUGGUGAAUUUUAAUGUUAGACAUGCACUUGUGUUGCUAGAUCAAGAGUUCCAAUUACUAAGGCUAGCCACUGGGCAGUCCUCUUCAAUUGAUCUUGGUGAUUUAAUACAGCAGUUUAAUACAUCAUCUGUAGAUGCUACAUUAAGAAAUCUUGAAGACAUAGAGGAGAUUUUGAACAGCUUUCUAUGUGAGUGUAACAAUAAAAAUUAUUCUAAAAUAAUGCAUACUAUAAUUCUCCUUAUGGCUAAUGAAGAUUCAUUGAAUGACCUGCUGCUGUUUGUAAAAGACAUUAUUGAUGUUCUGGAACUAUUCCAAAAUAAGUCUAAGGAAGAUUAUACUGGAAUGUUGUUUGUUGAUGGUCAUCUUAGCAGAGAAAAAUUGAAUAAUACUCACACUGCUAAUUCAGAUUUGCUUAAGAGUCUUUUUCAUAUAAUCACUGAUCUUUCUGUUAUAGAAGAAGCUCUGCAUACAAACAAUACUGAACUUCAGAUAGGUGACUUCUUUGAUUCAUUUUUUGAUAACGCACAAUAUAGAGAAGUUUCUACUCAGUCCCAAAACAGAACUAUGGAGAUAAUGCAAGAGAUCUUGCAAAUGGUAUUUCAGUCUACCACAGAACAUGACAGGAACAAAAUAACCUUCUCACUAAAGGACUUGCAUAAGGAUAUAAUGGCAGAAAUGAGGGUUUCUAAAAUCUGCAAGAUUCUUCAGAAACAUUUAUAUCCUGCUAGCUUCCUACUGUUGCAGAAGUUGCAGUUUACCAUUUUGAAUGUUCUUAAAAUCUUUUCAGAAGAACCAGUUGUUAUUGGCAACCUUUUCUGUGCUACAAGCUGUAAAGAUGGAUUAAUGAGUCAUGUAGUCCUCUCGGUCAUUGAAGGAAUCACUCUGGUUCAAGAUCAUUAUCAGGAUAUUGAAAGAAUGUGGCCUUCUUUCAACAAGGGGGAUUGUGAGAGCGUGGCAAAUGUAAACCAAAAACUGUCCAGUACUUUGGAGAGCUUUCUGACUGCCUUACAGAACACCAGCACUGGCAGCUGUGUGAAAGUCAAAGAGUGUGUGCAGAAUCUUACUCAGCUGAGGCUGGGCAUUGGUUCUUCUGUCAAUAUUUCUGAAGAAACUGUCAGUACCAUCUUGGAAUCCAGCAUUUCUCAUUCAAAGGUUUUUUACAGUGCCUUUCUGGUAGCUUUAACUGGAAGAUGUGAUGAAGAACUACUUAGCCUGCUGCUAAAGCUACCUGAAAACAGCAAAACUUCCCUGGUAGUGGAAGAAUUAUGUUCUUUAACAGCACUGGACAUGUAUACCAUGUUUGUAAUGAUUAUGCAGAAUUUAAACGUACGUCAUAUCUUUUACAAGGUUAAGAUACCAUCUGAGAUAGGCAAUGUACUAAACAUGCUACUGGAUGUGGUUUCUAGUAUCAGCUCUCUUCUCGAUAAAGCCCACCAUAUCAUGGAAAACCUUCCAGUGUUCCUCCAAGGAAUUCAAGAUAUUGGUGUGCUUGACAUCUCUGCAUUGUGGCAGUUCUUGCAAGGUGGGCAGUUCAGAAGUUCAGCUGUUGGAUCCCUGGAGUCUGUAAUCAAGGCAGUGUGUAAAGAAGAAUCUUCAUUUUUCAGCAAUGCAAACCUGUUCAUUGACAUGCCCAGAAUCAUGGGACUCUUGGAAGACAAUAUGGCAAAAUAUGGCAUUCCUGAAGACUCAAGUCCAUUUUGCUUGAAGCUUUAUCAGGAGAUUUUGCAGUCUUCUAAUGGGGCUUUGCUAUGGACUUUCCUGAAACCUUUAUUACAUGGGAAAAUACUGUACAAUUCAAACAUCAACAUGAUUGACCUGGUCAUGGAGAAGGCUAAUUUCACUUUUGGUUUUGUGGAAAACUUGAAGACUUAUUCUGAGACAUGGCUUAGGAUGUCUGAGGUUUUUAAAACCAGUGGAAAUGUCCUCAAGGUCUCACAACUGCAGGAAGCACUGCAAAGCAAUUUCAUAAAGCACUUCAUAGAAAGUAAUUUGGAUAUUGACAUGGAAAAACUCUUGAAAAAAAUGCAAGUAUAUGAAACUAUGAUGAACAAGAUGCUUAGCAGCUCAGCAAGUAAACAGAUUGACCUGUUGUCACAGCUUGUAGUAAAUAUCUCUUCCUGUGUGUUACUGGACCGUUUCCAGCCUUUUGACUCUGUUGAGAAAUUGGAGGAGAAGGCUCAUGAACUCAUGCAGCAAAAUAAUUUUUUGGCUAGUAUCAUCUUCGAUAUGCCAAAGAACAAGACACAAGAUUCUAGCAAACUCUUGCCACGACACAUUUCAUAUACAAUUAGGACCAGUGUUCUCUAUAGCAUGAGAACAGAUUUGAUUAAAAACCCAGCGUGGAAAUCCCAUCCCCAGAAGUUGCCAGCUGAUGGGUUUAAAUACAACCACAUCUUUAUUCCUCUUCAAGACAUGAUUGAGAGGGCAAUUAUUUCAGCACAGACUGGGACAGAUACCUUAGUGCCAGCCAUUCAGGUGCAAGCCAUGCCUUACCCUUGUCAUACCAGUGAUCUAUUCUUGAACAACAUAGGGUUUUUUUUCCCACUUAUGAUGAUGUUAACAUGGAUGGUUUCAGUUGCUGGCAUGGUUCGCAAGCUGGUUUAUGAAAGAGAAAUUCACCUUGAAGAGUAUAUGAAGACAAUGGGUGUACAUCCAGCCAUUCAUUUCUUUGCUUGGUUUCUGGAGAAUGUCAUUGUGCUCACAAUAAGCAGCUGUGCUCUGGCCAUCAUUUUAAAAGCAAGUGGUAUCUUUGCUUAUAGCAAUGGCUUCCUCGUCUUCCUUUUUCUCCUGGAUUUUGGAGUUACAGUUAUUAUGUUAAGCUAUUUUUUGGGAGCAUUUUUUAGCAGUGCUGAUACAGCGGCUUUGUGUGCCAGCCUUGUGUAUAUGAUCAGUUUUUUACCCUACAUAGUUUUGUUGGUCUUGCAGAACCAGUUGAGUUUCAUCAGCCAGGUUAUAAUGUGUCUUCUGUCUACAACUGCCUUUGGGCAAGGAGUAUUUUUCAUUACAUUCUUUGAGGGCCAAGAAAUAGGAAUUCAGUGGAAUAAUGUGCACCAGUCAGUGGCGCAAGGAGGACACAUGACCUUUGGAUGGAUGUGCUGGAUGAUGCUCUUUGACUCCAUUUUAUAUUCUAUAGGUGGCUGGUAUUUUGGCAAUAUUAUUCCUGGAAAAUUUGGAUUAAAGAACCGAUGGUACUUUCCGUUUACUCUUUCCUACUGGAAGAACUUGUGUGGUGCAGAGAGGAGGAAGAGACAUUAUCUGAAUUCUAAUAUGUUUUUCUUCAAUGAAAGCUUCCAAGAAAAAGACCCAGCACCUCCAGGUUGGAAAGGCCCUUGCAUGGAAGGAGCCACCAUUGGUGUCGUGCUGCUGUCUCUCACCAAAGAGCACGUGGAUGGCCAGAAGGCUGCUGUUAAAGAUCUCAGCCUCACUUUCCACAGAGGUCAGAUAACAGCUCUCUUGGGACCUAACGGUGCUGGCAAGACAACAGUUAUAUCACUGUUGACUGGUCAGUACCCCCCGAGCUCUGGUACCAUUAUUGUUAAUGGAAAGGACAUACGUACUGAUCUGGCUGCCAUCAGGACAGAGCUGGGUGUUUGCCCACAGUAUGAUGUCCUGUUCAACAUACUAACGGUGCGAGAACAUCUGCUGCUUUAUGGAUCAGUGAAGGCACCUGGCUGGACAAAGGAACAGUUGAAUCAGUAUGUCAGUGGAGCCCUGGAAGAUGUGGAUUUAUCCCAACAUCAGUAUAAACCUGUUGGAGCCCUUUCUGGGGGGUUGAAAAGGAGGCUGUCAAUUGCCAUCUCGUUUAUUGGAAAUUCCAAGACAGUUGUUCUAGAUGAGCCCACCAGUGGAGUAGAUCCAUGUUCUCGCCGUAGCAUCUGGGAUGUUCUUCUGAAGUACAAAGCUGGUUGCACACUGAUCUUUACCACUCAUCAUCUUGAUGAGGCAGAGGUGCUCAGUGAUCGCAUUGCCAUCCUGCAGCGUGGCCAGCUGAGGUGCUGUGGUUCUCCCUCUUAUCUAAGAGAAACAUAUGGCCAGGGACACAGUCUAACACUCAUAAAAAAGCCCUCUAUGUUUGAAAUCCAGGAUCCUAAGCAUAUUUUUCGAGUCACAUCUUUGGUACAGACCCACAUCCCAGAAGCCUUCUUGAAAGAGAACAAUGGGACUGAGCUGACAUAUGUGAUUCCAGAAGGGGCAGAUAAGACCUCAUUUAAAGGUCUUUUCCAGGCUUUAGACCAAAGCCUUCAUCAUCUACAUGUGACUGGCUAUGGCAUUUCUGACACUACCUUGGAAGAGGUAUUUCUAAUUUUUCUGCAUAAUGGCAUUUUUCUUUAUGUCUCACUUACGGGAGCCUCAAGUGUGCAUGGAGCCCAUCUCAUUCUCGCACAGAUUGUUGCCCUUCUGAUGAAGAGAUUUUACCACUUUAGGCGAGACUGGAGAGGAAGUCUGUCAAAUGUGCUGCUGCCUGUCUUCUUUGUUGCACUGGCAAUGGCCUUGUUUAGUGUGAAGCCGCUGGCUAUUGAUUAUCCUUCUCUCAAGUUGACACCAAGACUUUAUGACAAUGCAGAAUCCUUCUUUAGCACUGAAGAUGAUAACCUAGGAAACCUUUCUCAGAUUCUACUGAGAUACUUCUCUGAUUGGGACAACACAUGCAUGCAUUCAAAACAAGGUUUCAAUACUUCUGCUCCCUACAUGAAGAAUAAGAAAGGACAUAUUUUGUAUAAUCUGUCGGGGUUCCUUGUGGAAGAAUAUUUAGUGAGGCCUUCCAACAAAGCAAGAUACGGUGGUUGGUCUUUUGGAGGGAGGAAAGCAUUUGAGCUGCAAGAUGAAAAAUUGAAUAACACCAAAUCUAAACCUCUGGUUAAGGUGUGGUACAACCAAAAAGCUUUCCAUUCUCUACCAUCCUACUUAAAUGAACUCAAUAACUUCAUUCUGUGGCUGAAUUUGCCUCCUGAUGUGGAUUGGAGACAGUACGGGAUCACACUCUACAGCCAACCAUAUGGAGGAGCCUUGCUGGAUGAGGACAAAAUAAUGGAGAACGUUCGUCAGUGUGGGGUAGCGCUGUGUAUCAUGCUGGGUUUCUCCAUCCUCACCGCAUCCAUUGGAAGUGCUGUAGUGAGAGACAGAGUAUCUGGCACAAAACGCUUGCAGCACAUCACAGGCCUGGGUUACACAACUUACUGGCUUGCUAACUUCUGCUGUGAUAUGCUGUUUUACAUGGUUCCAGUCACCCUGUGUGUUGGUGUUAUUAGUGCCUUCCAGCUAUCAGCCUUCACUUUCCGAAAAAACUUGGCAGCCACUGUUCUCCUGCUGAUACUCUUUGGAUAUGCAACUUUGCCAUGGAUGUAUCUUGUAUCCAGAUUCUUCUCAAGUUCAGAUGUAGCUUUUAUUUCUUACAUCUCCUUAAAUUUUGUGUUUGGCCUGUGUACCAUGCUGGUGACUCUCUUGCCUCGUUUGUUAGCUAUAAUUUCUAAAGUGCAGAGUUUUCAAAACAUCUACAAUAUCCUCAAAUGGGCAUUCAUUGUAUUCCCACAAUUCUGCUUAGGCCAGGGUUUAAUAGAACUUUCGUACAAUCAGAUCAAGUUUGACCUGACCAGCAACUUUGGAAUAGAUUCGUAUGUGAGCCCCUUUGAGAUGAAUUUCCUGGGAUGGAUUUUUGUGGAAAUGGCUCUACAGGGAACACUACUACUUCUUUUACGGCUUUUUCUUCAUUGGGAUCUCCUUCAGAAAGCAAGGGGUCAGUGUUCAAUUAACAGCAUGGUUAGCCCUUCAGAAGAUGUUGAUGUAGAAAUGGAGCGACAGCGACUCUUUGGUGGAAGAACUGGUAAUGAUGUCCUCCUCCUGUACAACCUCAGGAAGUGUUAUGGAGGUUUCAGUAAGAAGAACACAGCUGUGGAAAGCAUAAGCUUGGGAAUACCAAGGGGAGAGUGUUUUGGACUUCUGGGAACAAAUGGAGCUGGGAAAAGCACAACAUUUAAGAUGCUGACUGGAGAUAUUACCCCAUCUGCAGGACGUGCUGUUAUCAGGACUCCUACAGGGUCUGAAAUGGAUAUACUAUCUGCUAGCUCUGAAGGCAUUCUCAUUGGCUAUUGUCCACAGCAAGAUGCCCUGGAUGAACUUUUAACGGGCUGGGAGCAUCUUCAUUAUUACUGCACACUGCGAGGAAUUCCAAAACAGGAUAUCCGUAAGGUUGCAGAGGAUCUCGUUAACCGGUUACACCUCAAUGCCCAUGCUGACAAACUGGUGAGAACAUACAGUGCUGGCACAAAGAGGAAGCUCUCUACUGCUGUGGCUUUAGUUGGUAAACCCCAAAUACUUUUACUGGAUGAGCCCAGCUCUGGGAUGGAUCCUUGCUCUAAACGCUACCUUUGGAAAACCAUCCUAAAGGAAGUUCAGGAUGGCUGUGCAGCUGUGCUGACAUCCCACAGUAUGGAAGAAUGUGAAGCCCUCUGCACACGACUUGCUAUUAUGGUCAAUGGAAGCUUCAAGUGUCUUGGUUCUCCCCAGCACAUUAAAAACAGGUUUGGAGACGGCUAUUCUGUCAAGGUUUGGCUUAGUAAAGAAGUAAGCUAUCAAAGAAUGAUUUUGGACCGUCUACAACUGCAUUUUCCUGGAACGCAAUUUAAGGGACAGCAUCUUAACCUGCUCGAGUACCAUGUACCACGAAGCCAGGGAUGCUUAGCAGAGCUCUUCAGAGUCCUAGAGAAUCACAAAGCUUUUCUCCAAAUCAAACACUACUCCAUUAGCCAAACCACAUUAGAGCAGGUAUUCAUUAAUUUUGCUACACAACAGCAAGGAGUCUCGCAUUCGUCACAAGAAUCUCCUGUUCACCAUGACCAUCUGCCAGUCUAG